AGGGGGCUGGCAAAAUUUUUUUAUAUUACAGACAAAUAUACUAUGGAUUUUAGCAUAAAAGAAUAGUUUUCUUCACUAUUUGAUGGUGGAAUCCAGCAACCUUUGAAGCCAUGCAUCCUGAGGGAACUGCAAGAAGAGCUUCGUGGCCUUGUGUUUGUGACAAAUCCUACCCAUUCACCUGGCUGUUUGUGGUUCCUUUAGCUGCCUACACUGUUUGGCAAGCUCUUUAUUUUCUUUUUGUCAAUGUCCUAUGUCUUCAGAUGCUAUUAAGAGAUCCCGAAGUAAUGACUUCUUACAGGGAGCUCUCCAAGAAAGCACAGAUAGGCCAACAAUAUAUGGUGGCUUUUAAGUGGUUCGCUCGGAGAUCAAAACCGCAUGUGGAUGUGCACUGGAUUCCAAGCCAUAUUCACCGUGGCAACGAUGGCACUCUUAGUUCCUAUCUUCAUGUCAUAUAGAUUACACGUGAUUUUCCAAAUACUCAAGGUCUCUGCCUCUGUAUAGAACGGCGGAAGCUUCCUGUUAGAGGUGAUGCCUAGACAGGUGAUUCAGAAGGAGAAAAGAAAUCCGGAAUGCAGCCAGAGGGACAAUUCAACAAGAUCAAAUGUCAAAUGUAAUGGAAAUUUUGCUGAAGAUCAACAAUUCUUCUGUGACACAAGCGUCAUGACUCAUAAAGGCUGCAUCAGUUGUUGUAAAAGUAAGGCUUUCAUACCAAACCAGUCGUUUUUGUUUAAUUGUAUGUUGUACACUACUACCAUGAAUUUUCAUGAAUUUUUUUGAAUCAGAUUAAGACUCGGAUGAUUGUGUAUAUUGAACCAGUUGCUUAAUCAAAGGCAUCCAUUGCA